ACUGAAGCCUAUGUUGCUUUCCUCUUUGCUUAAACCCUAAAAACCCAGAAUGGCAGACGCGAGUCAGCUCACUCGGCACAUUGAAACUUUUGUCGACCCAUCUCAUUCUGUGACUCAGCAGGUUGCGAGUGUAAGCACGAUUGCUUCUCUUAUAAAGAAUGAUAAGUUAACGCUAGAAAAACUGGUUAGAGAGAUGGAAAUGUAUUUGACCACCACUGAUAACACCAUUCGUGCUAGAGGUAUCCUUCUUCUUGGAGAAGUGCUUGCACAUCUGGCAUCAAAACCUUUAGAUGAUUCUACUAUUCAUAGUUUGAUAGGAUUCUUUGCUGACAGAUUGGCAGAUUGGAUGGCUUUACGUGGUGCACUUGUGGGUUGCUUGGCCCUCCUGAGGAGGAAAAGUGCAGGUGGUAUGGUCAGUGGAACUGAUGCAAAAGCAGUGGCACAGUCCUAUCUGCAGAAUUUACAAGUGCAAUCUUUAGGGCAAUAUGACCGGAAGCUUUGCUUUGAAAUUCUGGAAUGUCUACUGGAACGCUAUGCUAAUGCUGUUGCUUCGCUGGGCGAUCUCCUAAUUUAUGGAAUUUGUGAAGCUAUUGAUGAAGAAAGGGAUCCCCACUGCUUAAUGUUAACAUUUCACAUUGUAAAGGUUCUGCCACAACUAUUUCCAGAUCCAUCAGGUCCCCUUGCCAGUUCUGCUCAUGAUGUUUUUGAGAUUUUGAGCAGAUAUUUUCCCAUUCAUUUUACCCAUCCAAAAGAUGAGGGUAUUGAUGUCAAAAGGGAUGACCUCUCAAAAGCUUUAAUGCUUGCAUUUUCUUCCACACCUGUCUUUGAACCAUUUGCCAUCCCAUUACUCCUUGAAAAACUUUCUUCUUCACUGCCAUCAGCAAAGGUUGAUUCUUUGAAGUAUCUCAGUGAUUGCGUGGUAAAGUAUGGCGCAGAAAGAAUUGCAAAGCAUGGUGGAGCUAUUUGGUCCACAUUAAAAGAUACACUAUACACUUCAGAUGAGAAUGUAUUCUCCUUUGGUCCAGUAUCACUUCAAGGGCUAGGCUGUCAGGAGAAUGAAAUUGCAAUAGAAGCUCUAGGGCUUCUGCAAAAGCUCAUUGUGCAAAACCAUACCUUGUUCUUUGGUCUAAUUGUUGCUGAUGAAGACAUAAAUAAAGUCUUCAAAACCAUUGCUAGUUAUAAGAAUUACAAUGAAAUUCCUACAGAAACCAGGCGGAAAUUAUAUGCAGUUGGUCGUAUCCUUUAUGUUUCUGCAAAGGCUUCAACUAUCACCUGUAAUAGAGUUUUUGAAAUUUUCUUGCCCCGUUUGAUUGGUAGUUUAGGGAUUUCAGUAAGAGACUCUUCUGAACAAUGCUCUCUAAGUGAAAUUGAUAUGAUGUCCAAAGGAUGUAAUCAUGGAGCUCUUUAUCUCUGCAUUGAGCUCCUUCAAGCAUGCAAAGAUUUGAUUGGGAGUUCUGAGGAACUUGCAGCAUCUGUCAGUACAAAAGAGACAUGUUGCUGCUUACUUCAGAGCUUUUCUUCUUCAUUAACUGAGGUCUUCAGUUCUAUCUCCACAAGUACAAACGAAGGCACUCAUGAUGCAGAUAUCUAUCUUGGAGUGAAGGGAUUGCAGAUACUGGCUACCUUCCCUGGAGGCUAUUUUCCUGUAGCAUUAUCUGUUUUUGAGAAGAUAUUACAGACAUUCGUAUCAAUCAUCAUCACAUACUGGAGCAAGACAUUACAGUGGAAACUGGCACUGAAGGCACUGGUAGAUAUUGGUUUAUUUAUAGAAAGGUUUCAUGAGACUGAGAAGAGAGAAAGCUAUAUGGGGAUUGUUGUCGAAAGAGCAUUGGCAUCUCUGAAUGAUUUUGGCAUGCCAUUUUCACUCAAACUGGAAGCAGUUUCAGACAUUGGAACAAGUGGGCAAAAUUACAUGCUGAAAAUUGUUCAGGGUUUGGAAGAAGCUAUUUGUGCCAAUCUGUCUGAUGUUUAUGUCCAUGGAAAAUCAAGUUCAGCAGAUAUUGCAGCUCAGCUUUUGCAGUGCUACUCUGACAAGGUGGUUCCAUGGAUACAUGGUACAGGAGGUUUUGAAGAAAUCCUAUUGCGUUUUACUUUUAACAUUUGGAGCCAAAUUGAGAAUACCAUGGCUUUUAAUGUUCAGAUUGAACAAAAAGGACUUCUUGAUGUGAUGAUGAAAGCAAUGAAGCUGGCUGUUGCAAGUUGUUCAGAGGAAAGUCAGAACAAAAUAAUUCAAAAGGGGUUCAUUGUGCUCUCAUCAUGCACUUCUUUUCCACUGAAGGAGCCAUUUCAACAGAAAGCCAUCCAACUUAUAAAAGAUGAUGAUAAUAUUUCCAGCAGAGAUGAAUGGAUUCUUUCACUAUUUGCCUCCGUGAUUAUUUCAGUUCAUCCUCUAGCACAGAAUCCAAAUUUAAAAGCAAUUUUGUAUCUGUUUAUGACAACCCACCUCAAAGGUUCUGUUCCUUCAGCUCAGGCAUUGGGCUCUUUGGUUAAUAAACUGGGUCAAAGAUCUAAUGCAGUACAAAUAUCAAGUGAUUAUACCUUGGAAGAAGUGAUUGAUAUAAUUUUUAACUCAACUUUAUGGAGUUUCCAUGACAAUUGUUCUUUGGGGACAGAUGAUGAAUUGAUCAAUGGCAAUAAAAUAGGUCUAAUUGAUUUAUGUCAUGGUGCUGUGAGCAGUACACUUCAAAUCCAGGCCAUUAAUGGACUUGCAUGGAUUGGAAAAGGUUUAAUUAUGCAGGGUCAUGAAAAAGUCAGGGACAUCACCAUGGUCUUUCUAGAAUGCUUACAGUCAAAUGGAAGGACGUCUAUCCUUCCAUCAGAAGAGGGUAUCUCAGGGCAAAGUCAUGAUGAGGAUUCGUAUAGUUCUGUAAUGAAACAUGCAGCAGAUGCCUUUCAAAUUCUUAUGGGGGACCAUGAAGCUUGUUUGAGUCGAGAGUUUCAUGCAGUAAUAAGGCCUCUCUAUAAGCAACGUUUCUUCUCAACUAUGAUGCCUAUAUUGCAGUCUUUGAUGUUAAAAUCAGACUCCUCAUUCUCAAGACCUUUGUUGUUCCGGGUGUUUGCACAUAUUAUAAUCAAUACUCCAUUGAUGGUUGUACUGAGUGAUUCCACGAAGUUAAUUCCAAUGAUACUGAAUGGCUUAUCCACCUUGAGCAAUAAUAUUCUAGAUAAAGAUGUUUUGUAUGGUCUCCUGCUUGUCUUAUCUGGAAUAUUAAUGGACAAAAAUGGCCAAGAAACUGUAUCAGAUAGCGCGCACAUCAUCAUCAAUUGUCUUGUUGGGCUUAUUGGUUACCCUCAUAUGAUGCUUGUUCGAGAGACAGCUAUCCAGUGUCUUCUUGCCCUCGCUGGGCUCCCCCGUACAAGGAUAUAUCCAAUGAGAGCACAGGUACUACAGCCUAUAUCAAAGGCUCUUGAUGAUCCAAAGCGGGCUGUUCGGGAAGAAGCUGUCAGAUGCAGGCAAGCAUGGGCAUCCAUUGCAUAGAGGGAGGUCUUGAUUCCCAACACCGUGAGUUUUGCUUCGACAUCUUGGUGUCUAAAAAGUGAAUAUAGUGACAUGUCCUGGCCCUCAUUUAGCUUGUUAACUGUAAAAAGUAUUUUUCUUGAAUAUAUUGUCUUUCAGUUCCAAUGUAAAGUGUAACAGACAGAAGCUCAGGGUAUGAAGUUCUUGACGUUUCUGCAACCCCUACCCUCUUCUUGCUUUGAUCCAUCUUUGCAUGUGUAUAAAAACACCUUAAAUAUAAGAAACUUCUUUAGGAAUC